AUGGCACCAAUUCGGGAGGGCCGUACCGCCAUUAUUCAGCUCGACCCCUCAAGUGCCAUAACCUACGAUGUCUUGCGCUUCUGGAAACUAAUGCUCUCAAAUACGUCCGGCCUCGGAGCUGCUGGUCAGAGUCUCUUCAUUAUGACUGCCCUACCCACCAGCUCCGGAUACGAUUCUACCGCAUUCAUCCUAUAUUCAAAAGAAGAAGUAAAGAAUGAAGGAGAAGCAAAGGAGGAAGUUGUUGUUGUUGUUGAUGAUGAGGAGGAGGAGGAGAAGGAGGAGGAGGAGGAGGAGGAGGAG